GGAAUGUUUUUCUUGCUGUUGCGAUACCGGUCAACAUUGAAAUGGGUGUGCCUAUAUAAGAGCAAUGAUUACUAUAAUUUCGUAGUGGUUUCUGUUACACGCAGAUUGGUUAGAGUACCGGUAAAGUUUUUUUUUUGAAUGAAAGUGGAUGUUCGAGAUGAUGAGAGCGGCAUCAGUUUUCUUUACUCUAUUAUGUUCUACAACAUGGAUCCAUUCAACACUGUCCCAAGGACCACCACGCUCCAAAAAUUUAUAUGCAAGCAUUCUUCAAGACACUAGGAACGAACCAACACCAGAUGGCACUUUUGGAUACUUAUACAAAACAGAAGACGGUAUAGUGAGUUCCGCUAGAGGAGGUCCAAACGGUGUCAUCCAAGGAGGAUUUUCGUACACCGAUCCUACAGGUCUAAAGGUCAACAUCAACUACAAUGCAGGUUCCAGAACCUCACCCACUGCAACUGAACCUUCAACUAGAACGGAUUCGGGGCAGUAUCAUGAGCAGCCCGAAGUUCCAGCUGCUAGUAACUACGGCAAUGAAAUUAACGCUAGACCAAGAGUGUCUGCUAGAGCUCCUGUGUACAGACAAGAACCUGAAUACUAUGAAGAAUCAGUACAAGAUUUACGAUACCAAGUGGCAGAUUCAAAUCAACCACGUUAUAUAACCAGACCACAACCUUUAUACAGACCUCAGCCUGAAUACAGACCACGACCUGCUUACUACAGACCAAGUCCAGCCUACAGACCAAAUCCAAUCUACAGACCUCAACAGAGAAGACCUCGACCAGUAGAUAAUGAAAUUUACGACGAAUAUAGUUAUUAAGAAAAACACAUUUUGUUUUAAUAUAAAAUUUGUAAUUUUAAACGAAUUAGAAGCUUUUUGGUCUUCAGUAGUGUCAAUAAAAAAAAAAAAUUAACAAAUUUGGUGAUAUUAAAAAUUAGAAACAGAUUUAAGUGUGAUAUUCAUGAUUGUUAGUAAGGUGAAAGAAUAUUUUUUGUUGUAUUUUCGAAUUUUUAUAAAGCGUAAAUAAACAAAUUUU